UUUUUCUUCACAGUGGAAAAGGGUUGAAAAUUAUGAGCUUUGGAGUAAGCCAACGACAGACUAAUGGUGUUGAAGAUGCUCUUCAGGCUACUAAUGAUGAUGCUGUAGAUCCACAUCUUGAACGGAUUAAAAAUGAAGCUGGUGGUGAGGAAAGCGAUGAAGAGGAUGAAGAUUUUGUUGUGGAGAAGGAUGAUGGAGGCUCUCCUACUGAUGAUUCUGGAGAUGAAGAAUCAGAUGCUAGUGAAAGCGGUGAUGACAAAGAAAAGCCUCCCAAGAAGGAAGCUAAGAAAGAAGCAGCUGCUCCUAAGGCAUCUUCUUCUAAGAGGAAAUCCAAGGAUGGAGAUGAAGAUGGUUCAAAGAAGAGAAAACCAAAGAAGAAAAAGGAUCCUAAUGCACCAAAGAGAGCUAUGUCUGCUUUCAUGUUCUUCUCACAAGCCGAAAGAGAUGUAAGUUGUUUUUGGUAUGCCAUGCUGGUUUUUGCUUCUUGUUGCCUUUAAAAGUUGAGUCCUAGG